GUAGUGUUGACAUCCCGUUUUUUUCUGUGUUACCGGUAGUCUCUUGACGGAAACAGUUUAAUAAUUGUUAGUAUAGGUCACUUAUUAAAUUGUUUAUCUAGUGUUUCACUGUCGAAUAACCGGUUAAAAUUAUAUUAUUUACGAAUGAAAACUUAUUGUGGACUAAUUAUAUAUUUUAUUUGUUGAAUACAAAAAAAUAUAUACAUUCUUUUUUAUUAAUUGUGAAGCCACGUGCUUUUUUUUGAUAUGUUGUGGGAAACUGUUACGGAUUCUUGUGAUGUGUGUCAUUGUACAAGGCUCUUCAAAAAUGUCUUUAAAAUAAAAGGGACACCAGAUGGUGCAAUGAAAUCGAGAUAUAAGUCUCGUCGUUCAAUUAGUAUGGCGUCAAAAACAAAACGUAUCUCCAGUCCUGAGUUGUCUUAUUUGUCUAACACCAAUAAAGAGAAUACCAGCGCACUCUGUAGUCCACUCAGUAUAAUGACGAGCCCUCUGAAGAAACUAAAACUCCACAAAUCCCGUUGCCCAUUGGAAGAUUGCGACCCCAACAGCCAAGACAGCGGCUAUGGAGCGCCAACAGACUCAGAAAAUUUCCGUUUCGCAGAGCCAUCAGGCGUCGCGCCCCGUCGUAUGUCAACAGAUUUGCGGAGCCCAAAUCAGUCACCUCUAAGAUCGUCACCUCAACGUCGUAUCCCGUCGACAAAUCUGCUGAAGAAACUUUCAACCGACCCUUCCGAAUCAAUGGACGACGGGUUCAACGAACUAGUCGACGUCGACAGUUUCAUGGAAAACAAUUCCAUACCCAACGACCUAACGAAUUUAAUAUCCGGUGCAAUUUAUUCAUCGGAAAAACCAAUGGAAUGCGACGCGACAACACCCGAAGCCCGCACGCGUCCUCUAGGUGUCCGCCGGUCUCUGUCACUCCAAACCUCAAGCCCGGAUGUCGAAGCGACUCCCCCUCUAUCCAAAGUACGGUCAUGUCUAUUCCGUUCGCCCACCGCGAAUUCAUCAACUUCAAAACUAAAGUACGAUGACAACAAACCGCGAUCCUCACCUUUAUUCAGUGAAACCGACUCGCCAUUGACAUCUCAAGCCAAGUCUCGAUCAUUUAAAAGACCAGAACCGCCAACAGAUUCAAGUCCAAUUCUAGUCAAGAGAACUAAGAAGACUUCGUCGAGUCUUCAAGAUCUACCGGAACACAACCAAGUCAAUUUUGAUCGUAAAACAGCUUUGCAAAGAUCGUAUUCAGAACCGGAAGCUCAUGCGCACAUAAAAUCCGCGAUACAUCGCAGCACAACGGACUCUGAUUUGACCGGUGACUUUUCAAAAACUUGUAUUUUGCCAUUGGCUGAAGGUCAUCAUGAAGAUCUUAAAUCGAUCACUGCUGAGACUCUUUCGCGAUUGAUAAGAGGGGAAUUCAGCGACACAGUAUCGUCAUACAAAAUAGUAGACUGUCGUUACCCAUAUGAAUAUGAGGCUGGACAUAUUGAAGGUGCAUUGAAUCUGUUCACUAAAGAUCUUAUUGAAGAAUACUUGAUGACUCCGAUAACGGAAGUACCGGAAAUAGAACCGGAUACCAACAAGAGACGGAUUAUUGUAUUCCAUUGUGAGUUUUCUUGGGAACGUGGCCCAAAUUUGUCACGUUAUCUGAGAAACAUCGAUAGGAAAUUGAACAAAGAACAUUACCCGGCUUUACAUUAUCCGGAAAUUUAUCUACUUCAUGGUGGAUACCAGCAAUUUUAUCGGACGCAAAUGGAUCUCUGUGUACCGCAGGGAUACCGUCCGAUGACUCAUCCAGAUCAUGAGGAAGAUUUGAGAAGAUUUAGAAGCAAAAGCAAAAGUUGGCAGGGUGAGAAAUUACGAAAUGGACUCACUGCCAGAGCGAAUAUUAAAAGACUUGGGUUAUAAUUAAAUUCUUUUUUUGUUUUUAAAUCUCGAGUGCAAAUUUCGAAAUUCUGUAAUUAUUUUUGUUGUAAAUAAUUUUUAUUUAAUUUAAUUAGUUGAUUAAUUAUCAUAAUUAAUUAGUAGAGUAGCAUUAUAAUAAUUACAUUUUCUGAUUAAAAACUCCGAUUUUAUGGGAUUACAAUUUUUCGAUUGAAGCUAAUGGAAUUUCAAUUUAAAUUUUGAUUGGAGAAUCAUAAAAAAAAGUUUAUUUUUGGGUGGAAAUUUUUUGAUUGGAUUCAGUGGAAACAAAUUUAAUGCUUUCCAAUUAAAUCUAAUGAGCUUUGAUAAAAAUAUUUUUAACAGAUUUUUUUCGAGUAUUUUCCAAUAGAAUCCGAUUAUAAAUUUCAAAGAAAAUUGACUUCAAUCGGAAAUUUCUAAUAAAAUUCAAUAAAAAAUAUUGCAAUCGGAAUCAAUCACAAAAAAAUUUAUUAUUUUCUAAUUAAAUCUAAUAAUAUUUUAUAAAAAAAUUUUAAUUAGACAAUAUUAGAUUUUUUUUCAAUAGAAUCCGAUUAUAAAUUUCAGUUAGCAAAUAAUUAAAUAAAAAAAAAAUUAUAGUAUUUUCCGAUUAGAAUUUUCCGAUAAAUUUUAAUUGGAAAUUUAAAAUAAAAUCCAAUGAAAAACUUUUCAAUCGGAAAAAAUCUAUUGUCUGAUUAAAUCUAAUGGAAUUUAAUAGAAAAAUUUGAAUCAGAAAAUAAUAGAUUUUCAAUAGAAUCCGAUUA